AAUAUGAACUUUUUCACGUGAACUUUUUCGCCAUCAGCCGUGAUGGCGAAAAGGUGAAAAUUUAGGGAAUUAAUAAAUUGUAUGUAUUUUGAAAUAAGAAUGAAAGUGUGGUAACAGUGUGGCAACAGUUUGAAGUUUGAAGAGGUAUUAUUGAAGAGGUUAACCUUUUUGAUAUUGCAUUGCGUUAACAGGAAAAGUUAUAAUGGCUGCUGCAUGGUGGGUCUUGCAGAUUGCCAAUGAAGAAGAAAGAAAUUUGUUAAAAAUUCGAAGGAAACAACUGCGUGAUGCAUCAAAUCCUUUUGAAGUUCCGGACUCGCAGUUUCUUUCUUUAUAUCGACUUUCAAAAGAUGCUGUAAUGAUAUUGUGUCAAGGUAUACAACCUUACGUGCAAAGAGCUGUAAGACCAACAGCAAUUCCGUUUGAAUUAAAGGUUUUAGCAACAUUAAGUUUCUUGAGUUCGGGGUCUUACCAAAAAAGAGUUGGACAAGACUUUUUAAGCUGUAUGUGUCAGGCAUCUGUUAGUGGAGUACUACAUGAAAUUAUAAAUGCAAUAAAUAUUAUUAUGCCGCAAUGGAUAAAAUUUCCUGUGCAAGCUAAUGAAAUUGAAGCAAUCCAACAACAAUUCUGGAUUAACACCAAUUUCCCAGGUGUAAUAGGAGCUGUAGAUGGUACACAUAUAGCGAUUACGCCACCUGCUAAAAUAAGAGAGCAUUUAUAUAUAAAUAGAAAAUUAUAUCAUUCAUUAAAUGUUAUGAUAGUUAGUGAUUAUUAUGGCAAAAUAUUAGCUGUAUUGGCAAAUCAUGGAGGUCGGACACAUGAUGCUAGAGUUUGGAGCUCGUCUCGGUUAUCGAGGCACAUGUUAAACGAAUAUGAAAAUGGAAGAAGAAAUGCAUGGUUAUUAGGAGAUUCUGGCUAUCCUUUAUUGCCAUAUUUAAUGACUCCAAAAUUAAAUGAGGCACCAGGAUCUCCAGGUGCGUUAUAUACAGAGGCUCAUGUUAGAGCACGAUGUUGUAUAGAGAGAACAAUAGGUGUAUUAAAAGGGCGUUGGAGAUGUUUGCGAAAAGAAAGAGGCUUACAUUAUCUUCCAGAAUUUGCAGGACUUAUAGUAAAUGCGACUUGCGUACUCCACAAUAUUGCAAAACAUUAUGGCAUUGAGGAUGUUGAAAUAUACAGAGAAGAUAUUGAAGAAGUGAAUAUUGAAGCAGAUGAUAUGAAUGCAAAUAUGCGUAGAAGAGGAAAUGUAGUGCGAGAAACAAUAAUAGAAAGAUAUUUUACAUAAAAAUUGUGUUCUAUAUUUUCUAAUAUACUGAAUAUUUUACAUCAGGAGGCGCGGUCACGACUUGGCGCCAUAACGAUUACAUUGCAUAAAAUAAAAACUAAUAUCACAAUUUUA